GGUUUUGACCGCCUGCACACACACACACACACACACGCAGGAACACACAGAAGCACUGCAGCAGUGAGAAACACAACAGCAGAUAAUGGAGACAGACAGCAGUGAUCAGACAUGAGGAACUGGCAUCGUGUGUCCUUUAAUUGUGGAAUAUACAGUAUUUGACACCCUUAUGAACCGGAACAUAAAUCUAUUGGAGAACUGGAGAAACUUCAUCAUUCUCCUGUUCGUUGGAGCAAGAGCUGAAGGAACACGUGUUUGAUCACAGAGAAACGAGAGAUAUUGAUGCUCUUUAUGAAUGAACUGUAUUGAUUAAAGUGAUCUUGAUGUGGUCAGAAUGUUAUAUAUGGAUUUAAAGUCCAGACAGGAGAAUGUGCAGCGACUGGUGCGAUCUAAACCUGUCCUGCGCGGCACACUCUGUCAACCGCGAUUCAUUCAUCGACCGCAUGAGCAAUACUCAACCCGACCAACUCAAACUCCCCCGAUUACCAGCCAUGGAUUCAAGGAACAGUGAUCAUCUACUUUCAUUGGAUAGUCGAGGAACACCCAUCCUUGUUUGGAAACGGCCGUUGAUUACAACACUGAGAUUCCCUACUUUCAUUGGAUAGUCGAGGAACUCCCAUCCUGGUUUGGAAACGGCCGUUGAUUACAACACUGAGAUUCCCUACUUUCAUUGGAUAGUCGAGGAACUCCCAUCCUGGUUUGGAAACGGCCGUUGAUUACAACACUGAGAUUCCCUACUUUCAUUGGAUAGUCGAGGAACUCCCAUCCUGGGACUGCAGUCUCAGCGCGAUGAAUGAAGAGUCCUGGGACCCUCGCGACCCGCAGCCGGACUCACCUGACCUCUUGACCUCACAGCCGCAGCAGCCUGAUAAACUCUGUCUGGAGUCUUUCUGGAGUGAAGUGGAGACAAUACGACAAAACAGCAUCGACUCUGAACUCGACCGCAGCCGACGAGAAUCAAGACAGUCUGAAGACAGCGAGCAGGACGAGCUCUGGCUGCAGGACGCUGGUUUGUCGCCGUUAGCGACCAGUGAAGGAGAGGAAGUUGAUAAAGCGGUGUUGUUGUCGACGCUCACUAAGACGCAAGCAGCGGCGGUUCAGAGACGCAUCGACUCAUACACGUGUUCACUGCGCAAGAGAAACAACACACCACCGCGACAUGUCAAAGACAUCUUUAGCUCCUCCAUCACUCAGUCCGCAGAUUCUGAGACACACAACAGUGAAUCCGACACACACACACACAUGGAGAGCAUCAGAAAGUAUCAACGAUCAGCUGUUAGUGUUCAGGACUCUACAGGAGCUCUACAGAAGGACGAGAUCUUUAUCACUGAUGUGGCGUAUUGUGAACAAGCCGCCAUUUUACUGAAACUCGCCAAACUACCUCAGAACAACAGCAGCCAACACAGAAGAGAUGAUGGAAUUCUGCCGAGGGUGAUCUGUCCUCAGUGUCGUUUGGGUGUGACGCGGGUCGUGGAUCUCUCACAUCUGGACAUGAAGAAGGUCCGUCAACUGGCUUUGAUUGACAUGACCGCGCUGUGUGACGUCCUGGAGCUCGAGGUGAAACGACACAAAACCUACAAGAGGAAGAUUCCUGAGAGCUGUUUGUUCGGCGUUCCUCUCGCCUCAUUGGUGGAGAACGAUCAGAAGAUCAAACCCAACACGCAGAUCCCUCUCCUCCUCCAAGCACUUCUGUCAUUUCUAGAGAACAAAGGUCUCGAUUCUGAAGGGAUUCUGCGGGUUCCAGGAUCUCAAUCCAGAAUUAAAGUGUUGCAGCAGAAGUUGGAGAAGUCGUUUUAUGGCGGUUCGUUCAGUUGGGAUGAUGUUAGUCCGAAUGACGCCGCGGCUCUGCUCAAGAAAUUCAUCCGUGAGCUGCCGGCGCCGCUGCUGACCGCUAAACACCUCAACACAUUCAGUGCUGUGAGAGAUAUUACUGAACUGAAGCAGAAGUUACAGGUGUUAAAUCUGCUUAUCCUGCUGCUGCCAGAACCAAACAGAAACACACUGAAGGCUCUGUUGGAGUUUCUCAGUAAAGUCGUCUCUUUGGAGCGUCGGAACCGGAUGAAUCUGUGGGCCGUCUCCACCAUCAUGGCUCCAAAUCUCUUCCUUCAUAAAGCCGUGCCGAGUAAACUCACAGUCGACGGUCAAGAGAAAGGCCAAGCGGAGCGAGCGGCAGAUAUCAUGAGACUCCUGAUUCGCUACCAGGACCUGCUGUGGACGGUUCCCAACUUCCUGAUGAGUCAAGUGAGGAGACUGAACGAGAACAGCAACCGCCGCUAUCAGUUCUACGACAAACGCAUCAAAAACCUGCUGAGGAAGAUCCACACCGACAGCAAAGACAAAGCCGACAAGAACUCUUCUGAGCCGUUUCGUACUGUAAAGAUCCAGCUGGGUGACGUCAGUUCCUCGAUGGAGUUUCGUCUCACGGUUAACUCUCGCGCUGCUGAUCUGAUGUCACAGUUUUAUAAAGAACUGCACACCUCUGACAACAGCAGGGGAAUCAUCCGACGAAAUGGCUCAUCAAACUACCCAGAUUGUGCCGUCUAUGAAGUCGGUGGAAAUAUUGGUGAACACUGUCUGGAUCCAGAAACACAUUUGUUUGACCUGUAUAACAACAACCCGAGUGGCGAGUGGAUUAUUAAACUGAAGUGUGCCAGCAGAGGGCAGUAGAGACACACGACACUCAUCUUUAUAUCUCAUGUGAAGAAACCAAGAGAGCUUCACAUGAGACUGAACUGUGAAUAAUAUAAACCUGUCUUGAGGUUCGGAUCAUGACUUUCAUCUCACAAAGAAGCUCUGAGGUGCUGAGAAUGACACACAGGAAGUGAUGUCACAGCACCGCCAUACUGUUACUGAUGUGAUGAAGCUGGAUUCUGUGUUUCAUUUGGACAUUUUUCCAUUUGUGUUUUCGGUGACGAACAUUAUUGCAUUAUUGCACCAUUAAUUGUGGUUAUUUAUUAUUGAUCUGCUAGUGUGUAAUUGUGUUUGAUUAUGUGAGAUCAAUGACUCUCCGAGGUGAUGUUUUGUACAGAUUUUGUGCCUCACAGUAUUAAAAACAUGAAGGUUUCAGAUUCUAGAAAUCCCAACAAUGUCGCUGUAGCUGUUUCUGGCUACAAGACGAUUAAAGCUACACAUGCACUCCAGUUCUAGUCUUUAUUUGUACAUUAUUGAACUGAAAUCUCUGUGAUACCGUGUGUAUUACGACACUAACCUCAUGACUGAGGCUCAUUCACAGACAUUAUUGUGUAUUAUUACACACACAAACACACACACACACACACUCAUUUGUCAUUACUACAGUUCAUAUAGUUCUGUCAGAGUUGUGCGAGUGUUGGUGAGAUUGUGUGUGUAAUAGUGUAUAACAUCCAUCACAUACUGUCACACCUCUUCCUGCUCAACACACACACACACACACACACACACACACACACACACAUAUUCACUCAGACAGACACACACACACAUGCAUACACACACACAUAA